GUGAAAUUUUCCGGAAUGACGUCACCACGCCGAGUUUUACAAAAUGAUUUGGGUUUUCCAAUUUCACCCAUGCAUGACAUUCCGCUCUAUGCUAACGAAGAGAACAAAAUUAUGCAUAUGGUUGUUGAGAUACCAAGAUGGACAAAUGCAAAAAUGGAAAUAUGUCUCAAAGAGCCAUUGAAUCCCAUUAAGCAAGAUGUUAAAAAAGACAAACUAAGAUUUGUUGCUAAUUGUUUCCCUCAUCAUGGUUAUAUAUGGAACUAUGGAGCUCUACCACAGACAUGGGAAAAUCCCGAUGUUUUGGAUGAAGCAACAGGCUGCAAGGGUGAUAAUGAUCCUAUUGAUGUUCUUGAAAUAGGCUAUAGGGUCGCCAAACGGGGCGAAAUAUUAAAAGUGAAAGUUCUUGGAACAGUAGCACUUAUUGAUGAAGGCGAAACCGAUUGGAAGAUUAUUGUAAUUGAUGUUAACGAUCCUUUAGCAGAUCAAAUGAAUGAUAUAAGCGAUAUCGAGAAGCAUUGUCCAGGCUUACUGAAAGCUACCAUUGAAUGGUUCAAGAUAUAUAAAAUUCCGGAUGGAAAACCGGAAAAUCAAUUUGCAUUUAAUGGUGAAGCAAAAACAAGAGAAUUUGCAUUGCAUAUUAUUGAUGAAGUACACCAACAUUGGCAAAAUUUAGUUAAACAGGAAGAUUCAUCCGGUGAAAUAGAAUGGUUAAUAAAAAUCAACCUU